AGUCGCUGGCUUUGCAGAGUGGCAUCGGCGGGGUCGCGGCCCGGCCUGGGGGUGGCGGGCGGUGCCAUGAAGCUCACUCGGAAGAUGGUUCUGUCCCGGGCCAAGGCUUCGGAGCUGCACAACGUGCGGAAGCUGAACUGCUGGGGCAGCCGUCUGACAGAUAUUUCCAUAUGCCGGGAGAUGCCCAGCCUGGAGGUGAUUACACUCAGUGUCAACAGCGUCUCCACCUUGGAGCCCGUGAGUGGCUGCCGGCGUCUGAGCGAGCUGUACCUGAGGAGGAACCGCAUCCCCAGCCUGGACGAGCUCUUCUACCUGAAGGGCCUGCCGCACCUGCGGGUGCUGUGGCUGGCUGAGAACCCCUGCUGCGGCGCCAGCCCCCACCUCUACCGCAUGACGGUGCUGCGUAACCUCCCGCACCUGCAGAAGCUCGACAACCAAGCCGUGACGGAGGAGGAGCUGACCCGCGCACUGCUGGAGGGAGACGAGAUCAGCACUGCCCCAGGCAGGGAGGCCACAGACACAGGCCUCUCCGAGUCCUCCUACCCGCUGAGCACCUUCGGCCACACCGAGACCACCACGGGUCAGAGCCUGCUGAGCUGCGAGCAGGCAGGGAGCACCCAGGGCCAGCUUGGCCUGAAGUCCCCUGCCCAGGACCAGUCUCCUUCCUUCCCACAGAGGGACACCUUGCGUGGCCACAAGAACAGGAAUGUCCUCACGGCCAUCCUGCUGCUGCUGCGGGAGCUGGACAUCGAGGGGCUGGAGACCGUCCAGCAGACCGCGGGCAGCCGGCUGCAGGCCCUGCACAGACAAGAGCUGCAGGAGGACACAGAGUGACCACGGGCAGCCCCAGACCCCGCCAGGAGCCCGCCAGGCCCCCCGCACCAGCCAGGACGGAAGAACCCGCAGCCGUGCCUGAGCUGACGCUGCCCACCAGGACCGUCCCAGAACUCGCCUGCUGACCCCGCGAGGAGGCUGGGCUGAAGGACACGGAGGUCACCCUCCCGAACAUACACCUGGUGUCCCCCGAGCAGGCCCAGCCCGGCCGAGGACUCACCCACCCAUCCCAGCCCACAGACACCAGGUGGAUUCUGUCACAGGAGCCACUCCCCCCCCAACAGUGGCCCCCAGAGACCAGGACCCUCGUGUCCUAAGCCGGCCAGCUCAGGGCCACCGCCAGCCUUGAAGCCGGCCAGCACAGGGCCACCACUGUCAGCAAGGCCGGGGCAUGCAGGGCCGCUGCCUCCGACCUUCCGGGGGCCCCACAGCAGUGAGGCAGGGCAUGCUGCCCCGCACGGGGCCCUGCCCCCCCCCAGCCUGCUCCGCUGUCCCCUGGGGAGGGCCAGAAGACCUGGCAGGACAGCAGGCGGGGGCAGGGACCCCGAGCCGGGCUCUGUCUCCAAGCCAGCGCACCGCAUGGGGGAAGAGGGGACAGUGUGCCGCGCUGCGGGCCUCCCUCCCUGCCACCCCCAGCCCACACUGCUUGGAGCACCACACGCCCAAGGUGGCGGGCGCAGUGCCUCCACAGCUCCGGGAGGGGCCCGGGCACCACGAAGCCGACAUGGCGGAGGCCUGGGGGCAGGGCGGGGCAGGCCA